AUGAGCCUGCUGUCGGCCAUCGAUACGAGCGCCGCCUCGGUGUACCAGCCGACCCAGCUGCUCAACUGGGUCUACCUGUCGCUGCAGGACACGCACCAGGCGAGCGCCUUCGAUGCCUUCCGGCCAGAGCCGCCCGCCGGCGCCGCGCCCCCAGAGCUGGCCUUCGGCAAGGGCCGCCCAGAGCAGCUGGGCUCGCCCCUGCACUCCAGCUAUCUCAACAGCUUCUUCCAGCUGCAGCGCGGAGAGGCAUUGAGCAGCAGCGUGUACAAGAGUGCCUCACCCUACGGCUCCCUCAAUAACAUCGCCGACGGCCUCAGCUCCCUCACCGAGCAUUUCUCCGACCUGACCCUCACCUCCGAGACCCGCAAGCCCAGCAAGCGGCCCCCACCCAACUACCUGUGCCACCUGUGCUUCAACAAAGGACACUACAUCAAGGACUGCCCCCAGGCACGCCCCAAAGGCGAGGGUCUGACCCCGUACCAGGGCAAAAAGCGCUGCUUCGGCGAGUACAAGUGUCCCAAGUGCAAGAGAAAAUGGAUGAGCGGCAACUCCUGGGCCAACAUGGGGCAGGAGUGCAUCAAGUGCCACAUUAACGUGUACCCGCACAAGCAGAGACCCCUGGAGAAACCCGAUGGCCUGGAUGUGUCCGACCAGAGCAAGGAGCACCCCCAGCAUCUGUGCGAGAAGUGCAAGGUGCUGGGCUACUACUGCCGGCGUGUGCAAUGA